AUGGCAUGCGUCCCAUCACUGGACAUCACUGGAUCCACGCCAUGGGUGUUAAUCAACUACGACCGCAGAUCGAUUAAGCUUUGGGCGCAGUCCGCGCCCGAGGGCGCUGCGCCGGCCGAGGCGCGGCGCGCGCAGUUCGCGGCUCUGGCGGCUGCCGUGGACCUGGGCAUCAUCGGCGCCUACGGCAGCGAUGCGCAGGGCAUCCAGAGCCUGGCGAAAGCACUUCGUGGCCUUUGUCGGAGUGACACGUCGGCCAAGCGACAGGUGGCUUUUGCUCUGUCGUUGCUUCCGUCCGACUUGCAGCCCGUGAAUGUCAUCGAGGAGCUGGUCAACGAUGUCACCUCCAGUUUGGACUUCGCAGUGGGCUUAGAGCGCAGUGGCGGUCAGGGACAUCGGCCGGAAUGGACACGUGUGAUGCAGUGA